AUGAACUUUGGGCCAACGCANCAUCGCGACUGGGUGGAUUCCCUUGCACUGAGCCAGCUCAGUCUGGGGUCCGAUGAUUCUGGAAGACCGGCUGUAACCGAAGGAGUUAAGGAGCCUCAAGGCAAUGCCAAUCCCGACAAGAAGAAGGACAAAGAGCGGAAGAGAAAGAUGGGGUAUAAAAGCUCUCGUCGAUUCCUCGCGAAACUGCGAGAGCGCGACCCCGCCACUCUAACGCCAAGGGACAAGGCUCUUCAAAAGAAGCAUGCCUACAUUGUCCGGAAGUAUGAGCGACUCCGUGAGGAGAAAGUCUCGAAUGCUUCCGGAAGUGAGGCCGCUGUCUCUGGAAAAGCCACAAACUCCGAUAAAAGGGACGCUGCAACCAAACCCCCCUCUGAGGGCGGUAGCAGUCUGCCGACGAAGAAAGCUGCUCCCCUGUCCGCUGUUGGAAACAACAAGCCGUCGCAAUCACUGACGCCCAAGGUGUCGAAGACCGCGAGGCCAGUGUUCCCACGGCUGGACGGGGAGAAGGCCUCGACGUCGGCAGCUGCUAUUGCCUCCGGUGGUAGGGGACCGGUUGCACGCACUCCGAAGAGACAACUGUCUGGCGACAAGAAGAUACAGCCUGAGCAGAAGCGGGUGAAAACUUCAUCAACCUUAUGCUCAGCACCAGAGCUCCAGGUAGCAAUCAUAGACCGGAAUCACCCGGAAGGAAAGAUUCCGACGGACAAAUGGUUGCUCCUGGAGGAAAAGAUCAUGAGGGCACUACUUGGCGAAAUCCAGCGUACCAAAAACAACAACAUUGGUAUGUUUGAUGGAGCCAAGUGGCAGAAGGAAGUUAAAGUUGUUGGAUGCGGUAAAAAGGAGUCGUUAGACUUCCUAACAAACUGCGUCCGCAACCAAGAUGAACUUUGGGCCAACGCACGACUAGAAGUUGUUCCGCUCUCAGAGGAGCCAUCCCGUACGACAGUGCGAGUGUGGAGUCCUCGUGGAGGACGAGACCUCACUAGCCCUAAUCAAAUGUCAGAACGUGGAUGUCAUCCCUGA